ACGCAAGCGCAAUUCAUUAGUUGCGGCUUGUCCGUAGAGAGGUCUAAAUUGAAAAUUCGUCGUCUUCGACGAUUUGGGAGUAUUUUGCUCCCAAACUGCUUUUUGUAGCCUUAACAUCUUAUAAUUCUGCUCCAUAAUUGACAUCAUAGUAAGGUGAUAAAAUUAUUUCACUUUUGAGUACCCACAAACAUGGCUUGUUAAAAUGAAUACCGUGAAGACGUGCGUAGUAUCUCCUUUCGGAGUUCCUAUCUCCUUUAUACAACAUUCAACCAAGCUCAUCAGUCAUGGACAAAAAGUCAGGUCGAUCAGUUCUACCCCUAUCCAAGGGAACAAAUUUUGAAAAGAAGAAUCAAGAUAAUAAUGGUAAACUAUGGGCAAAGGGGGGCUACCGCCGUGAGUCAGCUUCAGGCAGCCUCUCUGUCAAACCUGAAGUUGCCCAUAAAACCUUUCAUCGAUUCAGAACUGAUAAACGACCAAAACCUCGUGGCCAACAAGAUGCUUUGGCUAGAGAUGAGACACCCAGCCUAGAAGAUCAAUACGCUGAACUGGGUUCAGUUUACUUGCCAGGAAGUAAAAAAACUAAUAUCAAUCAUUUGACCAAUUUUACCUUUGCCCCAAGAAAUGAGGUGCAACGAGAAAAUGGAAAUAAAUUUCGUAAAAAUGGAAAUCAUUACGUAAAGAGAAAUAAGUAUGUAAAAGAGUAUUUCCUUCAGGCCAACUGUCAGUUUGUAGUAAAUACAUAUGGAGAUUACAAACAGCACUCAAUCAAUCCUGAUGCUUUGGUAGAUUGGAACUACAUUGAACAGAUUAAUAUACAUAUGAAUGACUUUCCAUUGUGUCCAAUCUGUCGUUUUCCACCAUCUGCUGCCAAAAUAACCAGAUGUGGUCAUAUAUUCUGUUGGUCUUGUUUUCUACGUUAUUUGGAUCAUUCCGAAAAUUCUUAUCUAAAGUGUCCAAUUUGUUUUGAGAAUGUCUAUCAAGCAGAUUUGAAAAGUGUAAUCAUUAUUCCACGCAACACUUUCAACAUCGGUGAAACAAUCACCUUCAAGCUGAUGAAAAGGAACGAGAAAUCCCUGACUCCUUAUCCUGCAGAAGAAAGCAUUCCUAAAGAAAGUUUUCUAAUGGACUUUUCUGAAGAAGAUUCCCCUAAGAUGUAUUGUAAGCUGUUAUUGGCCAAAAAUUCUGACAUCUGUUCGAUCACCGACCGUGAAAAGCGGGAAUUGGAGGAUCAAAUGCAAGAUGCAGAUCAAUCUGAAUUGGCUUUCAUUCAAAAAGCUGUCGGUUAUAACGAUAAAAGAGUGAAUAAGGUUCUAGAGGAUAUGGUAAAUGAAGUGGGUCUUGGAGAAACACCACCACAAGAAAUGAAGCAUAAAAAAUACGAUAAUGAAGAUCAACAAUCCUCAAAGUGCAUAUACUUUUACCAGGCUUCAGACGGACAACACAUAUAUAUUCACAGUUUGAAUGUGAAAAUGCUAAAACAUACAUAUGGGUCUUUGGAGCACGCACCAUCGACAAUAACUGCUAAGAUUUUGUCAAGAGAAAGUGACUACAUGAGAGAGGAGUACAGAAAGUGCUUUAAAUACUUGGCCCAUUUACCUGUUACUUGUCCUUUCGAAACUAUGGAGAUAGAGUUGGAUGAUACAGUUGUUAGUCGAGAAACCUUGAAAUUCUAUCAUGCUGCUGUAGAGGAGAGAAAAAGAGACCGUUUGAAGAAGGCUAAAGAAGAAAAAAUCCGGGAGAGACGUAUAACCGAAGAAGUGAAUUUGAAAAUCUAUAAAAGAUACCCGGCAGCUCAUAUACCUUUGGAAUCUAAGGAACAAUUUCCUCUGUUUGGAUCUUCUUCUAUCUCUAGUUCAGAUUUGGGUGCAGACUUGGAGCAACAGACUGAGCAAGGUAGCAGCAGUUGCGGAACAAGACCUCGAACGUUUGCUAAGAUGGUCGCCUGUGUGAAGCCUCAGUGGCCAAAUCUGAAGAGUUCAGCGAUUCCCGUCGUUCCUGCAACUACAUCAAAAAUGACAAGCUUGGGUGUUAUAUCUGGUAGAAGAAGAUACAAUUCUAACUGUACAACCACUAGCGAAGAACCAGAUGGUAAUGAUCCGGGAUUGGCAUCCAGUCCAAGAAUAUCAUUUGGUGAUGCUAUAGCUCAAGCUCUUAAGGAGAUUCCAUCUGAUAAACAGCCAGGAUCAUCCGGUUACAGCGAGAAGGGUAAGAAGAAAAAGAAGGCAAAACCGAGACUUCUUUUGUCCAAUUCCUCUCUUUUUGGAUAUUCGUAAAUUUGUUUCAUUGAAAAAUUUUCAAUGACCAUUUUAAAUAUUUUGUGACCAGAUUUUUUUGCUGAAAAAAAAUUUCUUUUAUCAAGUGUUAGAUACCAGAUAUGUAUAUAUGUUAUUAUGAUUCGAAUUUAUUUAGUGAAAUAAAAAUUUUAAUUCUCAA